AUGUGGAAUCCCUUGCCCCAUAAUCCCCCCACCCCAAUAGGCCUUCCUCUAUUUGAACUACCAAGUUACCUGAGGGCGCCUGACUGCCCCCCCACUCCUGGUGGGAUUCACUUCCCUCAGCAGUUACACAUUAACCCGGGCGCAGCGCCAGCCUGCAGUUCACCUUUGUACAACUGGCUUCCAUUUCGUGCUGAGGACUUGUCAGAAGAGGAACUGCGGGCAGCUUGUCGUGGCCUUUUUCAUUUGGACUUGAAAAUCCAGAAAUCGACAGAUCCUUUUUCUGCAACAAAGAAAUUCACCCCCAGUGCCAACUGUGAAGUUUCUGUAUGCUCUCUGGACAUUUUCUUGAAUCAACCAAGAAUGGGACGUGCCAGGGUGUUUCUCAGUGUGGCCAUCUUUGGAUUUGCACAGCUCAUCUUUGUGGCUUCGAAUGAAUGCCAUGUCAAUGAGGAGGUAUGGAACUGCAGCAUGAAAAGCUUGAAGCAAAUACCUGAUCUUCCUGAAAAUGUGACUAUCUUGGACUUGUCUAUGAACAAGAUCAAUUUUUUGGGGACAGAAGAACAAAACCCCUUGCGACACCUUCAAAACCUGCAUCUCCUCAACCUCUCUAAUAAUCCCAUCCCUCAUUUACAAAGCAGGAUAUUUUCACGCCUCAGGAAUUUACAGCUCCUUGACCUAAGCAGGUGUGGGCUUGGAGACGAUUCCUCCACAGUAAAAUGCCUCUUGCAAGAUAAACAAAAAGACUGGGCAAUCAGACAUGAAGAGUGGAGAGAUGAGCGUGCAUUCUCAUUAUUUUUGAAGAAGAGAGAUACCGUAUCACUUGCAAAUAACACAAAGAUGGCUGAACAAGAUGACAAGACCAGCAGAGGGUACAGCUGGCAGUACAUUGUGAUAGUGUUGGGCGUCGCUAUCGGCUUGUCUGUCUUUAUAGCCGUGGCAGUGAAAUGCAAGCUCUUUCACCGCUAUCUCUCCAGCUACCGACACAGCCUGCUGAAUGAGCCUGAUGCCUACAGCAAUUAUGAGCCCGAAAACAUGGCGGUGAGAAUCCCGGAUCAAUACCGUACAGGAAGCCAGACGCAUGCGUCCACCCACAGUGCCAGUGAGCUUGAAGAUGAUGAUGAUGGAUUCAUUGAAGACAACUAUAUCCAGGCCAGUGAAAGACAGCGGGCAGAGCAGGAGGCAGAACUUGAUGAGGAAGAUGAUCUGCAUUUUACUAUUUCUUAAAACAAAAACAAAAAAAAAACAGAAAGGGUUGUGGUUAGUGGAUAGUUUCUGGUUUAGAAAUGUUUUUGUCUGUGCUCCAUAAUACUCCACUACAGUGCAUCCGGAAAGUAUUCACAGCGCAUCACUUUUUCCACAUUUUGUUAUGUUACAGCCUUAUUCCAAAAUGGAUUAAAUUCAUUUUUUUCCUCAGAAUUCUACACACAACACCCCAUAAUGACAACAUGAAA